GAGAUAACGGCGCUUUGUCCAAUGCGCUUUUGUCUUUGUCCUCUCCAUCUACUCCCCAUAUUCACACUCACUCACCUGACACCAACAUAGAGAGAGACUGCUGCUUUUUUGGCCUUUCAGGCUUUACCCAUCUCUUCGCUCCACCAUAUUGAAUGCUGGAUACACUGUUAUGCAGGUUCUGCUGCAGAUUGCUAUUGUUUGCAACUCUGAAAACUGCUGCUGGUACUUUUUGUUGGUGGUCCCCCAGCUCUAACUACUGCAACUGUAACAAGCACCACCAGGGGGGAGGGGGAGGAGCAGGUGGAGGUGCUAUUGUUGUUGUUGGUUUUUAUGGCUUUACUAACCAACACAAGAAGAGUCAAUGGGCAUCCAGCUGGAUGCUUUAAUACACUCCAUUGUUAAUAUUAUUAAUAUUCCUCUUCUCAAUAGUCUUCUCUUUGAAGAGAGAAGGAUUUGGCGUGCAUUAACUCUACAACGGGGGCACUGCCGUUGACAUUGUUGCAGCGGAGUCUGGAGCAGCUAUGCUGAAUAGCUUUCCUUGGCGAAUUCUGUCACUAAAUGGCCAGUUGGGCUUCUUUCUGUUCAUACGAUCUCGGACGCAUAAGAAAACCCACUCACUGAAACGUGCAGUUUCCUUUCGCUCCACAAGACCGAGAGGAAUAGUUUCCAUCUGGUUUUGUUAAAAGGCGUGGAACUCAACUCGUUACUGUGAAUUUACUGGGUUUUUAGCGUUUCGGAGAUGGGUGGCUGUAAUCCUUGGAUCAGUCGUUUCUAAUGGCUACCCAGUUCACCUCAAGUCAAACCCCGUUUGAGCCUGGAAUUUUUCUACAUUAUAGUGCAGCAGGCGAUGCAUCUUCAAUUCUCGAGGGAAAUUUUCAAUUUGGCAUUGCUUUUUAAUGUAGUUGAGAUGACGAGGGAAGCUGACAACUUCCACUUUAGUUUUUGUUGCUGACAAAAGACUUGGUGGAUGUAUUGUUAGAGUGAUUGUCAUAUAGCAGUUCAGGUUUUAUUUAAUGUAUUUGAGACGAGCAGUCAAGCGGCACUUUCCAUUCUGUGACAAAAAUAAUUGGUGAAUGAGUUCUACUGUAAGGUUUGGUAUAAUCACCAAACUAUCUGCAUACUUAUACCGGGCAUGCGGGUUGUGGUUGCCUGACAAUAUGACUUGUACUCUUGAAGCCCAAGUGCUUACUCAGGGAAGUGGCUUUCACGACGGGGGUGCAGUGACCAAGAAUAUCCACCAUACUAGUGGUUUGAGAAGAUUAGCAGUGAAAUGGUGGGGGCAACCCACCGUCGGCAAUGGAAAAAAGAAGAUUCCAUCCAAAUGGCCAAAGCUUGGCAGAACAUGGCAUACAAAACUAUUUAUUUUGUGGGUUCUUGGAGCAGCUAUGCUCUCGAUGCACACCUUCUAUUCAAUGAAUAAUGAUAUUGUUGAACGUCGCAAGGAAACUUUAGCAAGCAUGUGUGAUGAGCGUGCACGAAUGCUGCAAGAUCAGUUUGAUGUAAGCAUGAAUCAUGUACACGCUUUGGCAAUACUAGUUUCAACAUUCCAUCACAGGAAGAAUCCGUCAGCCAUUGAUCAGAAAACAUUUGCUGAAUACACUGCAAGAACUGCUUUUGAGAGGCCUCUCUUGAGCGGUGUUGCUUAUGCUCAAAAAGUUCUUCAUUCAGAGAGGGAACAAUUUGAAAGGCAGCAAGGUUGGAAAAUCAAAAUGAUGAAAACCAAGGAGCCAUCACCUAUACAGGAUGAAUAUGCACCUGCAAUCUUCUCACAGGAGACAAUUUUUUAUAUAGAAUCUCUUGAUAUGAUGUCUGGAGAGGAAGACCGUGAAAACAUAUUGCGAGCUAGAGCAACUGGAAAGGGAGUUCUUACAAGUCCUUUUAGACUGUUAGAAUCCAAUCACCUUGGAGUCGUUUUGACAUUUGCUGUUUAUAAUACCGAUCUCCCAUCAGAUGCUACACCAGAGGAACGCAUUCAGGCAACGGCGGGGUACCUGGGAGGAGCAUUCGAUGUAGAGUCAUUAGUUGAGAACUUACUACGCCAACUUGCCGGUAAUCAGGCGAUUGUGGUUAAUGUAUAUGAUAUUACCAACAGUUCAAAUCCAUUGAUAAUGUAUGGUCCCCAAGUUGCAGACAAUAGCACGCCUCAUGUCAGUAGUCUUGAUUUUGGAGACCCAUUCCGGAGGCAUGUGAUGCAUUGUAGAUUUAAUGAAAACCCUGCUACCCCAUGGUCAGCAAUAACCACCUCAGUUGGAAUCUUCGUGAUUGCUGCAUUGGUUGGUCAUAUAAUCCAUGCAGCAAAGAACCGCAUUGCUAAAGUUGAGGAGGACUUCCGUAAAAUGGAGGAGUUGAAAAAGCAAGCUGAAGCCGCAGAUAUUGCUAAGUCUCAGUUUCUCGCUACUGUUUCCCACGAAAUAAGGACUCCCAUGAAUGGUGUUCUAGGAAUGCUGCAGAUGCUUAUGGAUACAGACCUUGAUGCAACUCAACAAGACUAUGCUCGAACUGCUCAAGCAAGUGGAAAGGCUCUAAUAACAUUGAUUAAUGAAGUCCUUGAUCAGGCCAAGAUUGAGUCAGGCAGACUAGAGCUUGAGGCAGUUCCCUUUGAUUUGAGAUCCAUUUUGGAUGAUGUCCUGUCUUUAUUUUCAGGGAAGUCUAGAGACAAGGGAAUUGAGCUUGCAGUAUUUGUCUCACACCAGGUGCCUGAUUUUCUGAUUGGUGAUCCUGGGCGCUUUCGACAAAUCAUUACAAACCUUGUUGGAAAUUCUGUUAAAUUCACAGAUAGGGGUCACAUUUAUGUCUCUGUGCACCUAGCGGAAAAAGUCAAGGCUCUAAUGGAAGCCAAUGCUAAGGCAUGCUCAAAGAAUUUAACUGAAGAUGAUAAACAUUGUUCAACUACAUCAUGUGACAGUUUGAGUGGGUUUGAGGCAGCGGAUAGGAGGAAUAGCUGGGAGACAUUUAGGCUACUCCUAUCAGAUGGCACAUAUCAGCAGCCUGCUGUAUCAGUCAAGUCAACCUGUGCUGAAGCAUCAGAUACUGUAAAUUUAAUUGUAAGUGUGGAGGACACAGGGGUUGGAAUUCCGUUACAUGCUCAGGGGCGUGUCUUUACACCAUUUAUGCAAGCAGAUAGUUCUACAUCACGCACAUAUGGAGGAACAGGGAUAGGUUUAAGUAUCAGCAGAUGUUUGGUGGAGCUCAUGAAUGGUGAGAUGAGCUUUGUUAGUAAGCCAGGUGUUGGAAGCACAUUCACUUUCACUGCUCUACUUAAAAGAGCCGAUGCAAUUUCCCAAGACAUAAAGCGAUAUCACCCUGAACCUCUACCUACUACUUUCAAGGGUAUGAGAGCCGUGGUGGUGGAUGGAAGACCUGUACGAGCUGAGGUUACAAAAUAUCAUUUACAGAGGCUUGGUGUGCAAGUUGAAAUAGUUAAUGAUACAAAAUCAGCAUUAGCAAUACUACCAGCAAGACAAAAUGGUGAUGUCAAAUUCAGUGCCACACUAAGUACAGAUAUGAUAAUUGUUGACAAAGAUGCCUGGGGCCCAGGAACAGGGCUUACCUUCCCAAAUUUUUUGAAGGAUUCAAGACUGGGAUUUAAUGCUCAAAGGUCUCCUGUUUUACCAAAAAUUAUUCUUCUUGCAACUUGUAUUAAUGGUACAGAUUCUGAGAGUGCUAAGAUUGCUGGUUUUAUGGAAACGGUAAUCAUGAAGCCUCUUAGAGCAAGCAUGGUGGCCGCAUGUCUGCAGCAAGCUUUGGGUAUAGCAAAUAAUAGGCAGGGGAAGGGAGAUGGAACUCGAUCUUUGCAAAGUCUUCUGCUGGGGAAGAACAUAUUGGUAGUAGAUGACAAUAGAGUGAAUAGAAGAGUUGCAGCUGGUGCCCUGAAAAAGUAUGGGGCUAAUGUGGAGAGUGCUGACAGUGGGAAGGUUGCAAUAGCAAUGCUUAAGCCCCCCCAUAAGUUUGAUGCAUGUUUCAUGGAUGUUCAAAUGCCAGAAAUGGAUGGGUUUGAGGCUACACGACAAGUGCGAAAUCUGGAAUGCCUAGUCAAUGAACAGAUUGAAUCUGGAGGGACCUCUGGAGAAGAAUAUUGGAAUAUUGAUAAAUGGCAUGUUCCCAUACUGGCAAUGACAGCUGAUGUAAUCCAGGCAACUCAUGAAGAGUGCUUAAGAUGCGGGAUGGACGGCUAUGUUUCAAAACCAUUUGAAGAGGAACAAAUGUAUACAGCAGUAGCCUGUUUUUUGAAGCCUGACUCCACAGUUACUUCCUAGUUUAUUUAAUAAUUAUGAAUGGAUGCAAAAAACAGGAUUGCCACAACUGAAAGUGCAUGAAAGAUGAUGAAAAUAGCUGGAAAUUCAUACGCCAAUAAUCCUUGCAAGCUGCAGGGUACAGUUCUUUGGAGCCAUAUCCUUUUGCAGGGGUGGCAUUGAACCAUUCUGUUGCCUGUGUAAUUGGCAAGAGAAGUUGUCAAUGACACACUAUGAUUGAUGUACUUGCAGGCUUAUCACUGUAUUUUAGGAAUUUUUUCAAGCCACCACCAACUGAAAGUGCAUGAAAUAUGUCUUUCAGCUGCCACCAUCCUUGGUAUGUUUGGAUGUGGAGGAUUCUAAUAGUCUGUUGAUUUUCUCUUGUAUAAAAGUUAUGGAAAGGAUUGUGUUCAAACUUAGUAUUAGUUUUUUGGCAACAAGGAAAGGCAAAAAAGAAGGUAAACUACAUUCUACCUUGACGGUGGAAUUGCUCAUUAUAAAUGUACAGCAGAAAAAAAGAGGAACUGAAUGUUUAAAUGGAAAUCCUUUAAUCAUUAAACUUUA